AAAAUAGUAAAAUGCAACCUCAGCUGAUUGAAAAAUGAUUAAUAAUUUUAAAUACCUCUGUUAUUAGGUUAUCCGUAAUCAAUUAAAAUGGGGGGUACAUCUAGUAGGCCUUUAACGACUAGUUUAAAGCACUGCACGCUGUGGAAAGCAGACCGCAGCCCUGCGUGUCGUGCAGUCUUGAUGGCAUUGGAUGCUAUGAACAUCGAUGUGCGUGAAGUAGACGUCAACAUAGAUAAAGAAGAACAUAAAAGUCCAGGAAUAAUUUCUAUGAACCCUCUUCAAACAUUGCCGAUUUUAAAGGACAGAGAUUUAAUAAUAAGUGAUAGCCACGCCAUCACGACGUACCUGGCGUCCCGCUACUGCACGGAGAUGAGCAAGUUCCUGCUGCCACUGGAUCCUGGCAAUCGCGCCCUUGUCGACCAAUUUCUGCACUUUAACAGCAGCGUGCUAUACCCGCAGUACAAGGCGGCAUCUAACCCAAUUCUGCGUGGCACGCUGCGCAUUGUAGAUGAAAAGACGAACGGCGAGAUCCAGUGUGCGUACGCUGACAUGGAGCGUAUGCUAGCAAAGCGUGCGUGGUUCAGCAGCGGCAACUGGCCUUCGCUCGCAGACAUUUCGCUCGCCGCCACCGUCAGCACUCUCAACGUACUCGUGCCCAUCGAUGUCAGCAAUUUUCCCAAGCUAUCCUGUUGGCUGCACCGCAUGGCCGAGGAGAAGUUCUUCUGCACUGCUAACAAGAAAGGACUCUCCGAGUUCACGAGAAGAAUAGGCGAGUUGACUCCAAUCCAAAAUUCCUAAAGAAUGUGGAAAUUGUUUCAAUCCCAAUGAAUCCAAAUAUCCACGGAACUCUGAAGAUCGUAGGAACGACAUAUCAACUACGGAACCCACAACCACAUAGCGUAAAUAUUACUAGACCAAAGGAACGUUUUUAUUACUAUUGUUUUUUUUUAUCCUUUUAAUAACUACCAUAUAAUAAAAACUUUAUGAAUACCAACGCUUU